AUGGGACAAUGUCAGCCCGAAUGCUGCGGCCCAACGGAAGGACCCAUGCACGGUGCCGAUGACGAAGACCAUGAUGAUGUGGUGGCGACAGAUGAAGCAUCCAUCAUACAGCUGAGGAGCAGCCAGACACAGGUGGGGACUACCUUGGUGCAGCAGAUCUCGCUGAUGGAACACAGCAGUCCUCACAAGCUGACUGGUGACUGGGAUCUACGGCCACCGCUAUCGGAGCAGACCCGGGAGUCCUCGGACGAUCCAGGCUUCUUCGAGGUGGAAGCGAACAUCGUCGUAGUCAGAAGCAGCAGUAUGAUGGACAGUGGUGGCCUGGAAGAGCCCGAACCGGAAGGUGCUCCAACAGAGUCCAGUGAGGCCUCCAGGUCACCAUCUGCCAGCAGCUCAGAAGAUUUAGGUCACCUGCUGCCUGAGCAACCUGUGCCAGCUCAACAGCCUCCGCCAGCCCUCUUGUUGGGUUUUUCCAACGGAUGGCUGCAGCUCCUGAUUCGUGCAAGAGGAAGAUCAGAUAUUCCAGAGGGAAUGACACAGACAGAGAUCAGUGGGAAAGUUUUCUACCUGCUGGGGUGCCCGCCCAACAAGUUCAUGGCCUUCUGCGAAGGGAAAGAAUGCCUCAGACUGGAUACAGACCUCCAGGAGCUCCAGUCAAAGGGGCAGGAAUGUCUAGCCAGCGAGAACGAGAUGGUUUUUCUGUCAGCCGGAGAAAGCACCAAGGAGGAGAGUCAAAAGAAGAAGAGAAGCACCAGGAGAUCGAGACCGUCCUUCAAAAAGGAAUCGAGUUCCGAGGAGGAGGACAGCGAGAAAAGCUCUUCAGAAAACUCAGACCUUGGAGAUGCUCUGGCACAGCUGAAAAAGAAAUGGCAAGAAAAGGGUACGCCUGGCGCAAGACGCAGCGGACCAGAGAAGAGAAGCGGCCGCCAUUCGCUUCUUCAGCUGAAGGACAAAGAGACUGUCUCUCAUCACCAAGGCAGAGAUCUGAUGCUGAAAACUGUAGCGACCGAGCAGGAUCCACUCAGAGCUUGGGUCACGCUGCAGGUCUACAAAGAUCUUCAACGAGGCCAACGUCAUCGUCGCAGCCAUCAAGACAGUUGGAGCGACGACAACGAGUCCAGCGGCAGUGCCAGCAGUUCCGGGAAAGAAAAAUACAAGAAACCUGGAGGCGCAAGAGCAGUGGAGAACUUCGAGGCAGCCAAGCGCAAGAUGAAGAAGAACCCACUGAGGUACGUUCGCCGCUUCGUGAAGGAUCUGGAAAGAGAGUUGGGUGCGGAAGGACGUCCCUUCCGCAUCCACGAGGGGAGCAAGAGGAUUCCCUGGGGCAAACAGAAGACCCUCCAGCGAUGCUAUCACAUGUUCGCAGAGGUGUUGGAGUUGAUGCUUCGCGAGAAGUGGGAGAGAGCUGCGCUUCAAGUAGUUCUAUGCUUGAAGAGCGUUCACCAAACAGCGCUCGACAAUGGGGACUGGUCAGUGAGCUGGAUGCUCACGCAUCUGAGCGAUCCGAUCAGCAAGGCGAAGUUUGGGGGCAGCAUGGAAGAGCUCUCACAGGUAACCUCUUACCUCCGCAGCAUGGCGGAGUUGGAGAAGAAUACGGAGAAGCUUCGCAGUGCCAGCAGCUGGGGAGGUCCGAGUGGCAGCGCAGAUCAACCCGAAGGAGGGGGCAAGAAAGACACAAAGAAAAAGGGCAAGGGCAAAGGCAAGAAGAGCGACGAGCCCAAGGAGAACGCAGGUAUUCUUGAUCCUAAGGACUUCCUAAAGGGUGAUAACCUCAGAGCAUUUGAGACCAUGCAUGAAUGGGAAACCCACUUGCAGAUCUUGAAAGAUUGUGGGGCCAUGCAAGAAAACGAGACUUUAGCCUAUAAGAAGAUAGUUCCAGCAAAGCACACACUGGAGGGGCUGUAUAUCGAUGAUCAUUUGGUGAUGCAGAUUUUGCCCAAUCGCAGAACUCGAAAAAGUAGGUCCAAGUUCAAGGAUGAAGAACUGAUAGAUCGUAGCAGGAAAAAGUAUCAAGAACUAGGACUUCCUAUUUCAAAGAAAAAGCAAUUUACCAAGUGUUCAGACUUUUGCGCAUGGGGCACCAGCGUGAGUAGCCAGAGCGGCCGUGUCGGGGUCAGCAGUGAGAAGCUGAAAGGAGUAGGGGAACUGAUUGUUGAAAUUUGUCAGCUCAGAUUCGUCACUCAGAAAUUGCUUCAAAAGGCUGUAGGGCUAUUAGUGCAUCCCGCCAUGCACCGCCGCAUUUUCAUGUCAUUGUUGCAAGAGGUGUAUCAAUUCAUAACCAAGAUGAAACCCAAGAAAGAAUAUAGACUCCCUGACAAUGUCCGCGAAGAACUUCUCUGGAUGGCGCUGUGCCUUCCCUUAAUGCAUGCCAACAUCCGAUGGCCAAUCAGUUCGCGCAUUGGCGCGUCAGACGCCUCGCUUUCGGGGGGUGGCAGGGCGGCAUGCUUCACAUCAGAAGCUAUCGCCAAGACACUAUAUAGGUACAGUGAGCAUUCAGGUGAGCAUGUGCGUUUGGACUGGGAAACCGGUGCCUUGGCACCUCCUUCAAAAAUGUCAGAAGCACCAGCCGAACUUGAAGCCUUGAUGGGAGCGCAUUGCUGGUCGACCACUGAAAAGUGUAAGUUCAACCAUAAGCAACAUAUCAACAUUCUAGAGCUUAAGAUGGUUAAGUCAGAGCUCAAAGAGUUAGUUGAAAGUUCCAAUGACCCAUAUCGUGCGGUUUUGUUGGUGGAUUCCCGAGUGGUGGUAGGUGACAAGAUCGCAGUGACGUAUGAGUCCCAGCGGCUGGAUGCAGCAGCAAGAUGCGAUAGGCAUCCUGCUUUGGAGCACUGGAGCUUUCGAGAGAUCUUUGCGGGUAAAGGACAUCUGACGGGCGUGUUCAGGGGGAAGGGGCUUAUCAAUGUCGAUGCACCAGUUGAGUUGAUUCAAAAGGGGACACCCUCUUCAGCGCAUGAUAUCCUGUGCGAUUCCACAUUCAAGAGAACUUGGGAUACCAUCCGGGCUUGGGAGGAGAGUUUGCCGUCUAGUAUGCGGACACCGCUUCCAUUAGCUCUUUUGAUAGCCAUGAUAUGCCAAGCACGCCUUGUGGCGAUGGAGGCUGAGACCAGUCGUUCCAAGUCUGAAAAAAUGCUGAGGGUGAGUGCGCUUCUGGGCCUUGGAUUUUUCGGACUUCUUAGGCUCCAAGGUCGCUGGGCUAGUGCCCAGUCACUAGAACACUAUGUGCAGGUUGGUAAGUCGCAGCAAAUCCUUCAACAGAUGCAGGAAUCAUCCGCGCAUGCCGAGACUGGGCCUGCAUGGGUGAAAAAGAUGAGAAAGAUCACCGUUAGCGGUGGUCCUUUGAAAGGUGCAUGCUAUGGCGACCUACCGGAGGUAGAGAUCGCAAAAAGUGCUAAAGCCUACCGGGGAGACCCUCGGUUCAUGCAGUACUGUCGCCAGUUCAUGGCCUCGCCGAACUUCUCAGUGCUAUGUGGUAAGGUGACAGUCCUGAUGGUGAAGACAGUGUUUCGCCGUUCCGUAGCUUUGGUCACCAUGGUUUUGGAUUCAAUUCUGGACGAAGCCAUUCAACAGGCCUUUGAAAAGCAUGAAGCGUUUCAGAUGGAACCCACCCGGAACACCGAGUAUUCAUCAGGUGCUGCCUCGCGCCCCAUGUCAGGUUGGGUUUGGGGGUUUCAGAUCGUCCAUAGCUAUGUGGACCACAAAGAACGGCGUGGUUGUCACAGUUCUCACCAUGCAUUUGGAUACCUGUCCGCAUGUGGCGGUGCUAUGGAGCCCACAAGGGGGCUUCGGCUGCAGGGUAGGGUGAGCUUGACCGAUGCCCUGGAAUUCUCAGAGCAGCAGAGGUGGCAGGAGGCUGCCGAUGCCUGGCAGCAGCUGUUGGCCAAAGACAGCCUUCCCAGUGACCUCCGGCCGCAGGCGGAGUGUGCCUUGGGGGAUGCGCUGCUGAAGCUGGGCCAGGACGAGUUGGCGUUGCGGCACUUCUACCGUGCCACCCAGGGCCAGGGUGUCACCUUCGCACCGGGCUGGCUGCGGUUGGCCAAUGCCUGGCGACGCCUGGGAGGUUUCGGGCGGGCGGAAGAGGCCUACCGCAGGGUGCUGCGGAAGCCAACGCGGAGGUCUGGUGGACAGGAAGACGUCUCCAGGGCAGUGGUGGGUGCAGCAGUGAUGAUGCUCCGGCAGGGGAAGCUUUCAAAGAUGAAGCGGCUGCUGGAAACGUGGACAUCCAUGAGGCCUGAGGAUCCCAGGGCAGCUCAGAACUUCUUGCUGCUACUUGGUUUCUUGGUUAGCUGCGUCACUCUGGCUCCUUCCAACGCGUCCACGGCGGCCACGGAGGGUGGCACAGCUGCUAAGCUACCCGACUGUUCAGCUACAGACUGCUGCAACAGCGCGUUGCGGCCAGUGCUGCUGCGGCUUCAGGGAGCCGAGGUGGAAGAGACCUCUGAAACAUUGCUGGCCUUAGCUGCAGCGAAUCGAUUGCUGGAUGCGCCCCAGUGGUACCUGCUUGAAGACAAGUGCAGCUUGGAUGAGUUGCUGAAGGAAUCGGAAGAUGAUCGGCGCUUGCGACUCUACUGGCCACAGAGCAGGGUCUUUCCAACCCUGGAGGCAGCCCUGGAAGCGGCUGGAACAGCUGGGUGGUGGCUGAAGGCUGCCUUGGGACACGGUGGCCACUCUGCGCGGUAUCUGGAGAGUGAGUCGGCGCAGGUUCCAAGCGUUCCAAGUUCCCAGAGGCAGCUGUUGCAGGAGGACAAAGCCGUGGUCGUGGCAGGCCAUGCCUACCUCAGCAAGGAGGGCCUGGUCUACCAAGCCCUGCGAGGCUCCAAGGUGACCAACUGCUCCCGCGCCGCGCUGACGUUGCUGGGAGCCGCCAAUGCCUUUGGGGCCCGGGAGGCGCCCACAUUGCAGUGGCUCAAGCAGCAGCUGGAGGAGUUGAGUGAGGCGGAAGGUGGGGGAGUUGGUUCAUAUGGCCGCUUGUGGCGCCGCCUCUGUCGCUUGGGAAGGUUGCUGUCUGCUAGCGCAGUGGCGCGAGCCCUGCGGACCCCAGUGGGAGAAAUGGAGGAAUUUCCGCUUCCGGUACCCAAGAUCCUUGGAAUGGACGUGAUCCUCUCCAAGACAUCGCCAGGUGGCGCUAGCGGUCCCUGGCCCUGGCUGCUGGAGCUGAAUCGCUUCCCUGCGCUGGGGCUGCGCAGCGCCAGCGAUGAAGGGACCAAGCUGCAGGUCGUGCGCGAUGCGUGGCGCUUGGCUAGUGAGCCAAGUGCAGACACGGGAUGCCUUGAACUGCUGGGGCCCGUGUCACCCAAAAGUGCGGCAAAAUCAGUUGCAUAG